GCCGGCCACCAGCCCCUCCCGCAGCUCACCGCCUGCAGGCCUUGGCCUUGGGGGCCCCGGGGGACCGUCCCGUCCCCACGACGGCCCCGCGCUCCGCGCCGCGGGCAGAACAGACGCGGAGAAAAGGCGGUGGAGCGUCCCGCGUGGACGCGGACCGGCCUCCCUUCAGGCCUCCGAGUCUUCGCUUCCCCCGUCCUGGGGGUCCUGCCCGCAGCGCUUCCUCUGGGGGUGACACCCGCCGCACCUGCAGGCGGAGGCGCCCCCCCAGAUCGCCGUGGCGGGGGCGGACCCCGGGCCUGGCGGCGGCUCGCCUGCAUCUCCGCCCGAGGGGCGCCCUCGCACGUGCGGGGCGGCACCGCCCGGAGCCCCAGCGCUGCCCUCGCCCGACCUUGCGCUCCGGGCCCCGCGACACCUGCCAUAGCAACCGUUGCUAAGGGGUGUGUCCCGGCCCCGCGGGGCCUUAGAUGGUUCGGCGGCUCAUGAAUAUUUGAUUAUUCAAAUGAGGUCUUGCCCCGGUUGCUAUGGCGCCCAGGUCCCGCAACCCCGCGUCCGGAAGAACAACCCGGAAUCGGAGAGAGCGCCGGGCGCGGAGGGAGCCAGGGCCGAGCCCGCAGGGCCGGGCACCGGGGAGCCCUCAGGUGCCGCCUGGGGCCACAUGCCACCCCCACGCCCCGAUGUUUGACCCUCAGUGGGAAAAGGCUUCUGCCUCCGGGUUGGACGUGAAUGGACCAGGCCAGGAGCAGGCCCCCGGGCCUCGGCCCAGCAUGGCACGUGUCCUUGUGCGGGAGCUGAGCUGGCAGGGCCCCUACAACCCCCUUCCGCAGAGCAAGGCCCCGGCCGCAGAGCAAGUCCAAGGCCACGGCAAGCAGCUGCUGGAGGACUGCCUGUCAGCGGCCCGGCUGCAGGCCCUGGCCCAGGCGGACGACCUGCGGCUGGUGAGCACGCUGGAGAUGUGCGUGGACACCCGCGAACACAGCCUGGGCAACUUCGGGGUGCACCUGCCCAACCUCAGCCAACUGAAGUUGAAUGACAGCCGCCUGGGCUCCGUGAGAGACCUGGGCACCUCCCUGGGCCGCCUGCAGGUGCUGUGGCUGGCGCGCUGUGGCCUGACUGACCUGGACGGCAUCGGCUCCUUCCCGGCCCUGAAGGAGCUGUACGUCUCCUACAACAACGUCUCGGACCUCAGCCCGCUGUGCCUGCUCGAGCAGCUGGAGGUGCUGGACCUGGAGGGCAACGACGUGGAGGACCUGGGGCAGGUGCGCUACCUGCAGCUGUGCCCGCGGCUGGCCAUGCUCACCCUGGAGGGCAACCUGGUGUGCCUGCAGCCCAGCCCCUCCAGCCAGGUGCCCCCGGGCUACAACUAUAGGGCACAGGUGAGGAAGCUCGUCCCCCAGCUGCAGGUCCUGGACGAGAUGCCCACCGCGCAGACCGGCCCGCCCGCCGCCCGGAAGCUGGACCAGGACUGGCUCCUGGUAAAGGAGGCCAUCAAGGAGGGCAGGGUCCUGGACAGCCUGCUGCCCAGGCUGGUUCGUCCGCACGGAGACCCCAUUGGAAGAUUCGGCCCUGAGCGGGCGGCCCGGCCUUGGCCCCUCUCCCUCCUGGCCCCUGGGGGUCCCGUGCCCGAAGCUCUGCUUCCCAAGGACACAGCCCCAGAGGAUGACACCAGCAACCUCACCCACGGCUCCAGCCAGGUCCUCUGCGGAAACCCCACCAAGGGCCUUCGGCAGCAUCAGCACCGCUGCCAGACCUGGGUGCCCCCAGAACAGCUGUCCCCACUCAGGCCUGAAGACCUGGCCACCAGGGCCUCCACCCCAGGGCCUGACCCUGCAGACAGCCGGGACCUCCUGGCACUGGCCGGACUUCGGGCGUGGAGGGAACUGCGGUGCCUGGAUUCUGGGCCGGCAGGGGCAGCGGCACGGCUGGGCCCUGAAGAACAUGAGGACAAGGCUGAGCCCAGCUCCCCAAGCCCGGUCCCAGGGCCUUCCAGGACCUCGGGCUGUCACCUGCUGCCCUCUCCCCCCAAGGUCCCCAUGCCACCUGAUUCCAGCGGCAGCUCCUGGGGGUCUAAAGACCUGCACCUCCGGGGGCGUCGGCUCAGAGCCCUGGGGCGCUCGGGGCCUGGCCUGGGUCCGGGGCUGGUUGCCAGGGCUGCUCUGAGAUCAGCCCUGGAGGUAGCCACAGGCCCGAGCUCUCCAGCCCAAGGAUGUCCAGGCCCCAGGCCAGCACCAGACCCAGCAGCCAGCCCGCCAGCCCUGUGGUGUCUGCCCUGCCUGAAGCCCCUCACCCCAACCCAGUCGCAACCCUAGUGUAAGCCCCGCCCACUGCCGGGCUGGCUGGGACGGGGCCUCACAGAACCCAGAGCAUCUGAGAGGAGAGGGGAGGAGGUGGGCCUGGCACAGGAGAGGCCCCUCUUGCUGGACAGAAGUGGGGAGUUGGGACCACCAGGGAGGAGGCGCAGGAGAGAGCCCAGCCCCCACUUCUGUGGGGCAAACCUUCCCAGGCCUGGAAGAGACCGGAUGCGGCCCGGCCCCUCCACUUCCCCCCAGCCUCCCCUGGAGCUGCGGCCCUGGGGCCCGGGCCCAGCGCCUCCCUGGGCGUUAAAGCCUGCGGCCAGGCCCCCCAUCCCGGACGGACCUGCAGGGACGGGGCGGGGCCACCGGGAAACCAAGAGAAUCUUUCCGACUCUCAAGUGUACAGAAUGCAGUUUACUUCGUAGUGACGCUGGUUCAAUAAAUUAUGCAGCUGGCA